AUGUCUGUUUUACCAGCUGAUAUUAAUCAGAAUUUAACUGAGUUACUUAGUAACUUAGCUUCUGCAGACAAUAGUUCUAGGUCAAUAGCUGAGAAAAUUCUCGAAGAACAAUGGUCAGAUACUCAGAAAGUUGAAAUCUUAUUAACAUUUUUAUCAGAACAAGCAUGUUUAGGAUCUAGUGAUAUGUUAAGAUCAUUUUCAGCCGUUUUAUUCAGAAGAAUUGCUAUCAAACAACCAAAUACUGCCAAAUUCACCGAUAGAAAUAUUGAAGUAAUAAGAGAAGAAGCUAGAUAUCAAAUUCGUAAUACUUUAUUAAAUGGGUUCUUAAAAGAAGAAAGUAAUCCCGUCAGACAUAAAUUAAGUGAUUGUAUUGCUGAAGUUGCCAAAGUAUACACCAAACCUGACAACCAAUGGCAAGAAUUAUUACCAGCAUUAUUCGAAGCUGCUAAGAAUUCUAAUCCAUCAAUUUGUGAAUCAGCUUUCAGAAUAUUUGCAUCAGCACCAGAAAUUAUUGGUCAACAAUAUUUGAAUGAUAUUUUACCAGUAUUUGGACAAGCUUUCACUAAUGAUAAUGAUGAUGUUAGAAUUGCUUCAUGUACAGCAUUUGUUGAAUUUUUCAAGAAUUUACCAAAAAAUGUUUGGGGUAGAUUAUCACCAUUAUUACCAAAUUUAUUAAAUUCUUUACCUAUGUUCUUACAAAGUGGACAAGAUGUUUCAUUAGCUUUGGUACUUGGAAAUUUAAUCGAUUUAGUUACUGUAGCUCCAAAAAUGUUCAAAGACAUGUUCCCACAAAUAAUAGAAUUUGGUUCAAUGGUUGCUAAAGAUAAAGAAUUAGAUGGUGGUACAAGAAGUUCAGCAUUAGAAUUAUUAACAUGUUUUGCUGAAUCAUCACCAAAUAUGUGUAAAAGAUCUGAUACUUAUAGUAAUUCAAUGGUUUUAGUAACGUUAUCUAUGUUAACUGAAGUUUGUAUUGAUGAUGAUGAAGCUAGUGAAUGGAAUAAUAAUACUAAUGAUGAUGAAGAAGAUGAAGAAAUAGAAUAUGAUGCUGCUAGACAAUCUUUAGAUAGAGUUUGUUUGAGCUUAGGAGGUAAUUCAUUAGCUGGACCAUUGUUCCAAUAUUUACCUCAAAUGAUUCAAAGUCCAAAUUGGAGAGAAAGACAAGCUGCUUUGAUGGCAUUAUCAUCAGCUGCUGAAGGAUGUGUUGAUGUUUUAAUUAAUGAAAUUCCAAAACUUUUACAAUUAAUCUUACCAUUAAUUCAAGAUGAUCAUCCAAGAGUUCAAUAUGCUUGUUGUAAUGCAUUAGGUCAAAUGUCAACUGAUUUUGCUGAUGUCAUUCAAAGAAACAAUGGUGAUCAAGUUUUACCUGCUUUAAUUUCAAGAUUAACAAAUAAUUCAGUUCCAAGAGUUCAAGCCCAUGCUGCUGCUGCUUUAGUUAAUUUCUCUGAAAAUUCAACUAAAGAAGUUAUUGAACCUUAUUUAGAUGAUUUAUUAACUAAUUUAUUAGGUUUAUUACAUUCACCUAAAAGAUAUGUUCAAGAACAAGUAUUAACUACUAUUGCAGCCAUUGCAGAUGCUGCUGAAAAGAAAUUUGUUAAAUAUUAUGAAACUUUAAUGCCAUUAUUGAUUAAUGUUUUAUCAACUGAAAUCGAUGAACACAAUAAAGCUUUAUUAGCAAGAACUAUUGAAUGUUCAUCAUUAAUUGCUUUAGCUGUUGGUAAAGAAAUGUUCCAAAAUAAUGGACAACAACAAAUUAUUCAAUUAUUUGGUAAUUUCCAAGCCAAUUUGAAAGAUGAUGAUGAUGAAAUCAGACAACAAUUAGACCAAGCUUGGGCAAGAGUUUGUAAAUUAAUGGGAAGAGAUUUCCUUCCUUACUUACCUGAAAUCUUACCUUCAUUAAUGACAACAGCAAAAGCAUCACAAGAUAUUAAUGUUUUAGAUGAAGAAGAAGCUGAAGAAUAUGAAGCAAGUGAUGAAUGGGAAGUUAUUGAAAUUUCAGGUAGACAUGUUGCUGUUCAUACUGCAGCAUUAGAUGAAAAGGGUUAUGCCAUGGAAAUUUUAAAUAGUUAUGCCAUGGAAUUAAAAGGUGAUUUCUUACCUUGGACUCAACAAUUAGCUUCAAUUGCUUUACCUGCAUUAGAUUUUUACUUACAUGAUGGUGUUAGAGCAUCAGCAGCUGUAGCAUUAUCUUCAACUUUAAGAUGUGUAGUAUUAGCUACUGGAGCCAAUUCUAAUGAAGCUUUACAAUUAUGGUCACAAAUUUGUGAAAAAUUAUGUAAAACUUUAACUAAUGAACCAGUUCCUGAAUUAUUAGUUGCCUAUUAUUCAUGUUUAAGAAUUUGUAUUGAAUUAUUGAAUUCAAGUACUUUAUCAUCAAUUCAAUUAAAUUAUCUUAAUGAUGCUAUAUUCAGUAAUUUGAAUGAAGUUUAUGAAAGAGUUAAAGAUAAAGAUAACGAAGAUGACGAAUAUACUGAAGAUGUUGAUGAUGAAGAACAAGAAUAUACUGACGAAGAAAUCUUAGAUAAGAUUAAUUCAGUUAUUGAAGUUAUAUUCAAAAAAUCAGGUAAUGAUUACUUACAACAAUUUUCAAGACUUUAUCCAGUGAUAUUAAGUCUUGUUAAAGAAGAAAAUAGUCAUUUAAGAACUUGUGGAUUAUUAACAAUUAUCCAUUUAUUGAAAUAUUGUGGAGAGAGUUCAACUAAUUUCGAAGAAAUCAUUCCAAUCUUGAGUGAAUGUUUACAAAGUUCUGAUGUUUCAGUUAAACAAUACGCUGCUACAGCUAUAGGAUAUGCUGCAUUAACAGGAUUAGAUAGGUAUAAAGAUUUCUGUAUUUCUUGUUUACAACCAAUGUUUUCAAUGAUUUCAGUACCUGAUGCCAAAGCCGAUGAAAAUAUUUAUGCAACAGAAUCAAUGAUAGCUUCGAUAUCACAAAUACUUUCCAAAUAUUCAAAUGCCAUUCAGAAUUUAGAUCAAUAUUUGAAUAAAUGGUUCGAAUACUUACCGGUUGUUCAUAGUGAAACUUCAAGUAAGUUUGUUGCCCAAUUCCUUAUUCAAUUAAUUAAAGGUCAACAUCCAAUCAUUGAAAACAAUUUGAUGAAAGCAACUGAUUAUUUAUUAUCACCAAUAUCUCAUGGAGUUUUAUUCGGAUCGGAUUUAACUUCAACUAUUGAUAUUUCAAGACAAUUAUUGAGUUCAUUACCUCAAGAUAAAGCCAUUGAAAUAUUAUCUAAAUACAAGAAUUCAAAUAUAAUUCAAAAGUAUUUUUCGUAA